GAAGAUGCACUGAAGGAUGCCGUCCAGCGGCAGCACCGCCUGAGACCACAUGAUGCUGGCCUUCCCGCAAGGGCCUGGCAGCCUGACAAGGUGAGAGCGGAACAUGCCUGCCUCUGCCACGCACUCGCUGUAGUGACCAGAGAACGCGACUUGGCCGUGAAGGAGAAGCAUCAGCUCCAAGCCAAGCUGGAGAACCUAGAACAGGUCCUCAAGCACAUGCGAGAGGCUGCAGAACGGCGGCAGCAGCUGGAACUGGAGCAUGAGCAGGCGCUGGCUGUCCUCCACGCCAAACAGCAGGAGAUCGACCUUCUGCAGAAGGCUCAGGUUGAAGCUAAGAAGGAACAUGAAGGUGCCGUACGGCUGCUAGAGAGCAAGGUGCGGGAGCUGGAGGAGAAAUGCCGGACGCAGAGUGAGCAGUUCAGCCUGCUGUCGCAGGACCUGGAGCGGCUCCGGCAGCACGCCGGGAAGAUCGACCUGCUGGGGGGCAGCGCUGGGGCCUCCUUGGACGUCCCCGGGUCCGGCAAGCCUUUCCCACAGUUCAUGAACGGACUCGCCCCCUCCAUCAGCAAAGGUCAGGAGAGCGCCAUCGGAAGCCACACGGUGAUCGGGGACUACAUCCGGCCCCUCCUCCUUGGUGACAAGCCAGAGCCUCUGUCCGUCAAGCCUGCCUUUCUGUCGCGAUCCGCCAGCCCAAGAUGCAGAUUUGAAUCAGAUAUGGAUGACGCCCGGAAUUCCAGCACCUCCAAGCAGAGAUACUCGGGGAAGGUCCAUUUGUGCGUCGCCCGCUACAGCUACAACCCCUUCGACGGGCCCAAUGAGAACCCCGAGGCCGAGCUGCCCCUCACGGCAGGGAAGUACCUCUACGUUUACGGGGACAUGGAUGAGGACGGCUUCUAUGAAGGUGAGCUCCUGGACGGGCAGAGGGGUCUGGUGCCCUCCAACUUUGUGGAUUUUGUCCAGGACAAUGAGUCGCGCCUGGCCAGCACGCUGGGGACCGAACAGGACCAGAAUCUCAUCAACCACGCCAGCAUCGGCUUGGAGGGGGAGAACAUUCUGGAUCUCCAUGCCCCCACUCACGUAGACGCCGGCAUCACGGACAGUGGUGCGGGGACGCUGGGCGUGAACAUCGAUGAGAUCGGAGAAGACAUCGUGCCUUACCCUAGAAAAAUCACCCUUAUCAAGCAACUCGCCCGAAGUGUCAUUGUGGCCUGGGAGCCCCCGGCUGUGCCGCCGGGCUGGGGGACCGUGAGCAGCUACAACGUGCUGGUGGACCAGGAGACCCGCUUGAGCCUCAUGCUGGGGAGCAGAACCAAGGCCCUCAUCGAGAAGCUCAACACGGCGGCCUGUACCUACCGCAUCUCUGUGCAAUGCGUCACCAGCAGGGGCAGCUCGGAUGAGCUCCAGUGCACACUGCUGGUGGGCAAGGACGUGGUGGUGGCCCCGUCCCACCUCAGGGUGGACAACAUCACCCAGAUCUCCGCCCAGCUCUCCUGGCUGCCCACCAACAGCAACUACAGCCACGUCAUCUUCCUCAACGAGGAGGAGCUCGACGUCGUCAAGGCCGCCAGGUACAAGUACCAGUUCCUCAACCUCAGGCCCAACAUGGCCUACAAGGUGAAGGUCUUGGCCAAGCCCCACCAGAUGCCGUGGCAGCUGCCCCUGGAGCAGCGGGAGAAGAAGGAGGCCUUUGUGGAGUUCUCCACGCUGCCUGCAGGCCCUCCGGCGCCCCCACAAGAUGUCACCGUCCAUGCUGGGGCCACCCCCGCUACCAUCCAGGUCUCCUGGAAGCCACCCGCCCUGACGACCUCUGGGUUGUCCAAUGGGGCCAGCGUGUCUGGCUACGGCGUGUAUGCAAAAGGGCAGAGGGUGGCUGAGGUCAUCUCCCCCGUGGCGGACAGCAUAGCUGUGGAGAUCAUGCGGUUGCGGAGCCUGGAAGCCAAGGGCGUGACCGUGCGGACCCUCUCUGCCCAGGGCGAGUCCAUGGACUCUGCCCCUGCUGCCAUUCCCCCCGACCUCCUGGUGCCUCCGACUCCCCACCCGAGAACUGCUCCCACACCGAAGCCCUUAGCAAGUGCCGGAGCCCCUGAUACCAAAGAUGAACACCUGGGUCCCCACGUUGCCAUGGACGGGGCCUGGGAGCAGGGUGGGGUCCCGGCCCCAGCCCACGGGCACAUGCUGGAGCCACCCAGCCUGCAGGGUUCAGGCCCGGGGAGGCGGUCCCCCUCGCCCAGCCGGAUCCUCCCGCAGCCACAGGGCACCCCGGUUUCCACGUCUGUCGCCAAGGCCAUGGCCCGGGAAGCUGCGCAGAGAGUGGCCGAGAGCAGCAGGUUAGAGAAAAGGAGCAUCUUCCUGGAGAGGGGUGGUGGGCAGUACACGAACUCCGACGAGGAGGACAGCUUUGAGUCCCCAGACAUCAAGAGGAGAGGCGCGUCGGUGGAUGACUUUCUGAAAGGCUCGGAGCUCGGCAAGCAGCCGCAUUGCUGCCACGGGGACGAGUACCACACGGAGAGCAGCCGGGGCUCUGACCUCUCGGACAUCAUGGAGGAGGACGAGGAGGAGCUCUACUCCGAGAUGCAGCUGGAGGAUGGGGGCAGGAGGAGGCCCAGCGGUACCUCCCACAAUGCCCUCAAGGAGUGCUCUCAGAGUAGCGGCUCUGAGGGGGCCUUCCUGGAGCGGCCCGAGCACCCCCACCCGACCCAGCAUAGCUCCAGGCUGUUCAGUAUCCCUGAAGUAGCCGAGGAGGGAGAGCACCUGGAGGUCUUGCACAAGCAGGGCUUAGGGUACCCGGCCAGGGCCCGGGCCCCACCGGCUUCCCGGCUCCCAGCCAAGCCCAGGGGCCCAGGGGGCGGCGGGCCCCAUGCGGAGGACUUCGGUCUGGAAGACAGAGGCUGCUGGUCCAGCCGCAUGGCCAGCAGGAGCCCGGACAGUGGCCUGGACUGUGGGAGUGAGGAGGAGGAGCUACGUCUUAGCUUCAGGAGCUCGUCCAAGUGCACCCCGGGCCCUGGGCACUGCCCCCAUAGGAGAAGCCCGAGGCCGCUGCUGGCCCAGCGGCGGACGCUGACCCGGCAGAGCAGCAUCGAGGAGGACUUUGGGGAGCAAGUGGACCCCAGCGCCGUCCUCAGGAGCCAUGAUGCCCACCCGAGCCCAGAGAGAUCCGCCCCCAGGAAGUAUGGCCGGGAGGAGCCCCUGGGGCACCAGGGCCUGCGGGAUGUCUGGAAGAAAAGCAUAAACAUGCCUGACAGUAGGGCCACUGCCCCAGAGUCACCUCCCCGGGUGACAGCAGGCCCUGUGAUUUUAGGAAACCCGAUGUCUGCAGGACGGGCGGACAGGGUGGAUCACGUGGGCCGAAGGUUCUCCCACGGCAGUGCUGGUCCUCAGCGGUCCCGGCCGAUGAUGGUCCCGUCCAUCGACGAGUACAGCGAGCGGGACCGCCUUUCUCCAGACUUCUACGAAGAGUCGGAGACCGACCCAGGUGCUGAAGAGCUCCCGGCCCGGAUCUUUGUGGCGCUUUUUGACUAUGACCCCCUCACCAUGUCCCCGAAUCCAGAUGCUGCUGAAGAAGAGCUUCCCUUUAAGGAAGGACAGGUCAUCAAGGUCUAUGGUGACAAAGACGCGGACGGCUUCUACCGUGGGGAGACCUGUGCCCGGCUCGGCCUUAUCCCUUGUAACAUGGUCUCAGAAAUCCAAGCCGACGAUGAGGAGAUGAUGGACCAGCUUCUGAGACAAGGCUUCCUGCCUCUCAACACUCCUGUGGAGAAAAUAGAGAGAAGCAGAAGCAGCGGCAGGCACCCAGGGGCGACGCGGAGGGUGGUGGCGCUGUACGACUACGACCCCAGAGAGAGCUCGCCCAAUAUCGAUGUGGAGGCAGAGCUCACGUUUUGCACCGGAGACAUCAUUACCGUUUUCGGGGAGAUCGAUGAAGAUGGAUUUUAUUACGGGGAACUUAACGGGCAGAAAGGCCUUGUACCUUCAAACUUUCUGGAAGAAGUGCCUGACGACGUGGAGGUCUAUCUGUCUGACGCUCCGUGCCACUACUCCCGGGACACGCCGGUGCGCUCCAAGGCAAAACGGGUUCCUCCUGAGGGUUCAGGUACAACAAGGAGAGCGCCAUCCCCCACAGCCCAUCUCCAUUCGGGGUCACCUCCGCCAUCCAUGGGUACUGGUAGUCCUGGGAGAGGCAGGGAAAUGUCCUCGAAAAAGAAAAAGGGGCUGCUUUCCAAAGGCAAGAAACUGCUGAAAAAGCUGGGUGCGGUGAAAUGACCAUGCGCUUCCGGACGACCCCCCAGUCCGUGUCGUUCUCUUUAAUCCCAAACUAGGGCUUUCAGUGACUCAAGUACUUCCUAAAAACACACUCUUCUCCCCUGACACCAGUAGAGAAAUGCUCUUUGCACUACCGUCCACUGUAAGCCACCCGCGAGGACAAAGAGCUGCUGGGGCCCCCUCCCCGCCCGCGAGCCCAGCGCCCGCGCCCUUGCCGGCGGCCUGCCGGGUGGCGGCGUCUCGGAGCGCACGGGGGCCAGUAGCUCUUUGUGGCUCGCUCCCCGCCCCGUGCUGCCGGCCUCUGUGCCCUUGUCAUCCGCCCUCAGAGGAAUGGUUUCCACCUCAACCCCGUUUCCGAACGCUUGCCUCGCGACGCAUUAACUCACUUUAACUCUGGUCUUGAACUUCUAGUUUAACUGCCUUGAUGUUCCGCCUUAGAAAUGCACCGUGUUCUGUACCGUCUAAUAAAAUCUACCGUGUCUGCUUUGUACGUGUCGUGCUUUCAGUGCUCCUCCCCCCCAGACACAGGGCUCUGAGGUCAGGGGUGCAGGCCGUGCACUUGCACACCCCGGCGUCCCGCCUCUCCCAGAGCGAGCCGGGCAACACCCAGAACACGUUUCCUUAACUCAGAUCAUUCAAGGUUAGAAAGGGAGCGAGAGGGUCGCCCCGUUUGGAGAAGUUACCACUCCUCCAGCCCUGCCGGCAA